UGACAGACCUGCUUUGAAGCCUGUCAGCCCCUCUGCAGAGCACCUCUCCUGUUAGGAAUUGCUGUCCUGGAGAACAAUGGCUGGGAGCAGGGUGAGGGGCAGCCUUUGAUCCCACCUGGCACGUGUCCCAACAGGGCCUGCUCAUGGGCACUGCUGGUAUUUGGCAUUUCUGAUCAUAUCACACUGAAGCACAGGAACUGUGCUUUGCUUGCUACCCCAGAUGACAAUUUAUGAGCAAAUGCCCAUUCCAACAGGCAUGGUUCAAGCUGAUGGAAAUGUUGUCAGUGCUGCUCAAAUGGUGAAGCUGCACACAAACAUGGGCAUGGGAUUGAAAAAGUGAGGAGGAAGGUUGAGGCUGUGAUGGUUUCAUUUCUGUGAAGUUUAAGCUCAGGUUUGCCCAUGUGGCAUUUCCACAGGAAUUGAUAAUGACAUCCUUAAUAAAAUCCAGAAGAAAAACAUUUGUGUGCACGAAGAGAAGGUGUACAGGGGCUCCUUUGAUACCACGCUCCAGGGAUGUGGAACAGGGCAGGUGGGAGUGGUGACUGGGUGAGCUCUCCGGGAAGGUGUGUGACCCAGCGUGCUCCAGAAACACCCUGGCACUGAAGGCGUUGUUGGGAGGCGUUUGCCUUUCCACACCAUGGCAAACUCCUGAAGAAACGCGUGUGGGACCACAUUUCAGGGGCAGACACACCAGAAUAAGGAUGAUUGCUCAGCUGUUAACCACAGAAGAGUCUGUCUGUGAGGAUAUUCCUGUGCACAGAGGUGUCCCUGUUCCCUUACGAUGCACAUACAUCACCCUGGGAAUCGCUGAAGCUGUUCUGUGCAGGAGGCAUUGCUGAGAUUCCCCUUGCAGCAAUGGACUUGGACAAACAAUCCGUGUGGGGAUCCCUGAAGCAGAAGACGCGGCCGUUCCUGCGAAACCUGAGCGUGAGGAAGACGAAGAAGAGGUCUGGCAAGAUGCUGGAGAGGAAGGGCCGCUCCUUGGACCGCUGUCUCAGCGUGUCCGUGCCUGACAUGCUCGAGGUGGACACUCUCAUGGAAGAGGAGGAAGAAGAAGAAAUUACUUACUCAAACACUCAGGUGUUGUCGAGCUGCUCCCCCAAGAGCUUUUCCCGGUCUGUGGUGUCCCUGAAGAGCAGAAGCGCUUCGGUGAAGGCAGUGGGAGAGGACUGGCUCUGGGCGUCGCAGCAGAGGACACGGACAGAGGUGACAGUCACCCCUCCGGACACACAAGCUGUGGGCGUUCACCUGGUGUCCUCACAAGGAGCUGAGGCUGUGGGCAGCCCCGUGUCCGAGGGGAAGAAGAGGAGAUCCAGCGAGGACCUCUUUGACCUGCUGCAGAGCUCCCGGCUGAGCGCCGCGCUGAGCGACGAGGGGACAGAGUACCCAUGUGGAGAAAUGGAUUUUGACUCUUCCCUAUCAUCUCAAAACUUUGAUGACCAAAUGGCUCUGGAGGAAGCCAACGACUGCCUGAGCGAGCUGCCCAGCCCCUUUGCCUACCUGCUGACCAUCCACCUGAAGGAAGGCAGGAACCUGGUUAUCAGGGAUCGCUGUGGUACAAGUGACCCGUAUGUGAAGUUUAAACUGAAUGGCAAAACUCUUUACAAAAGUAAGGUAGUCUACAAGAACCUCAACCCAGUUUGGGAUGAAACUGUUGUGCUGCCCAUACAGACCCUCGAUCAAAACCUCUGGAUCAAGGUGUACGAUCGUGAUUUAACCUCUUCAGACUUCAUGGGUUCGGCGUCUGUGGCGCUCACUGAACUUGAACUCAAUAGAACUACUGAACAGGUUUUAAAACUGGAAGAUCCCAACAGUUUAGAAGAUGACAUGGGAGUGAUUGUAUUAAACUUGAGUCUAGCAGUCAAGCAAGGAGACUUCAAGAGAAAUAGAUGGUCAAGUCGAAAGAAAAGAACUUCAUCCAAGUCGAGUUUCACGCGGAACCUGCGGCUCUCGGAGUCGCUGCGCAAGAACCAGCUGUGGAACGGGCUGGUCACCAUCACCCUCUUGGAGGGCAAGAACAUGCCCAGAGGGGGCUUGGCAGAGAUUUUUAUUCUCCUCAAAUUGGGGGAUCAAAGAUACAAGAGCAAGACACUGUGUAAGAGUGCAAAUCCUCAGUGGAGGGAACAGUUUGAUUUUCACUACUUCUCUGACAGGAAGGAUAUGUUGGACAUUGAGGUGUGGAGAAAGGAUAACAAAAAGCACGAGGAGCUUUUGGGAACGUGCCACGUUGACAUUACUGCCCUGCCAACAAAGCAGACCAACUGCUUGGAGCUGCCUCUGGAGAAACACCCAGGGUCCCUGCUGAUGCUGAUUGCUGUUGCCCCAUGUACAGGAGUGUCUAUCUCUGAUCUGUGUGUCUGUCCCUUGGGAGACCCCAAUGAACGGCAACAGAUUUUUCAGCGUUAUUGUAUAAAGAAUUCCUUUCGGGACAUAAAGGACAUUGGCUUCUUACAAGUCAAAGUUUUAAAAGCAGUGGACCUGAUGGCAGCAGAUUUUUCAGGCAAAAGUGAUCCUUUCUGUGUCUUGGAGCUGGGAAAUGACAUGCUUCAAACACACACCGUUUACAAGAACCUCAACCCAGAGUGGAACAAAGUUUUCACAUUCCCUAUUAAAGAUAUUCACGAUGUUCUGGAGGUGACAGUGUUUGAUGAAGAUGGAGACAAACCCCCUGAUUUCCUUGGAAAAGUUGCCAUCCCUUUGCUGUCUAUUAGAAAUGGUAAACAAAGUUGUUACACACUGAAGAAUAAAGACUUGGAACGUGCUUCAAAAGGAGUAAUUUACUUGGAGCUGGAUGUCCUAUUUAAUCCUAUAAAAGCAAGUAUUAGGACAUUCAAGCCCCGAGAAAAGCGCUUUACUGAGGAGAACCGCAAAUUUUCCAAAAAGAUCUUAUCAAGAAAUGUUGAUCGCGUGAAAAAAAUCACCAUGGCAAUAUGGAAUACAAUACAAUUCCUUUGGAGCUGCUUUCUCUGGGAGUCCACGGUGAAGAGCCUGACAGCAUUUGUGGUGUUUGUGGUCACCGUCUGGACCGUGGAGCUGUACAUGGUGCCCCUGGCUUUGCUGGUGCUCUUUGCAUACAACUUCUCCCUCGUCACUACAGGGAAGGUCAAUAAUGCCCAGGAUGCCCAGGAGCUUAUGGGCUUGGAUGAAGAUGAGGAUGAAGAUGAUAAGGAAUCCGAGAAAAAGGGGCUGAUUGAGAGAAUCCACAUGGUCCAAGAGAUCAUCAUAGCUGUUCAGAGCAUCCUGGAAGAAAUAGCAUCAUUUGGAGAGAGGAUUAAAAACACAUUCAACUGGACGGUGCCUUUCCUCUCUGUCCUGGCCUGCUUGGUUCUGGCAGCAGCAACAGUUAUUUUGUAUUUUAUACCACUGAGGUACAUUGUUUUAAUCUGGGGCAUAAAUAAAUUUACUAAGAAGCUUAGAAAUCCCUAUGCCAUCGACAAUAAUGAGCUACUAGAUUUCCUCUCCAGGGUACCAUCUGAUGUUCAAAAGGUGCAGCAGGCUGAAUUGAAACCAUCCAGCAGCUCCAGCCCCAUCAGGAAGAAGCGGUGCGCGCUCUAGGAUGCGGCGGGGUUUGGGAAUGCAGCACCUCCCUCCCUGCACACACGUGCACACACUGCACCCCUCCCCUCCUUCUUGCUUCAGAACAACACUAGAGUCACUGCCACGGACUUUCUCUUUCUUGGAAGAUGUGGUUUUUGAUAAACACCUAUCUUGAGUUUCUCUA